UGUAACCUCCCACCAGCAGUUCUCUGCCUCCCACUGCCUACAGCAUAGAUAAGGAGAGGACUCGGAGACUCUACCUCUGGCUUCUGUAGAGUAAGUCACAUCAUCUACCAAUAAUGACGUCUCUGCUAGGAUCCCUGCUUGUUUUUUCUGCUCUGACCGCGACAGGUUUUUCCCUCACAUGUUAUAAUUGCAUUAAUGUUACUGGUACUACCUGCAAUCAACCUACAGUGACCUGCCCCGCUGGUGAUGUCUGUAUUGCGUCAUACUCUCUAGUCACAGUCACAGGAAGUGCGCCCACGACACAGUACUCCAUAACUUGCGGAUCGACAGCUCAAUGCAAUGUGACUGGAAGUUGGACCGUUAAUUUUGGCACAGUCAGAACGGGGGUAACAUGUUGCAGCACCGAUAACUGCACACCAACGCUUCCUACAUUACCAACCCAGGGCUCACAGCCGAAUAACGUGACAUGUAGAACCUGUUCUUCAUACACUGACUAUUGUUACACCGGAGACACUAUCGGCUGCACUGGAUCAGAGACUAAGUGUGGUAUUCUGUCAAAAGUGCUAACAGGAACAAUAUCACAAGCUACUACCAUCCGUGGCUGUACCACCCCAAGCUUCUGUGACACACUGGGUACUGGAGUUUAUUAUUACAGUGGAUUGAAUAUUGCUAUGACCACAUACUGCAGCAAUGGAGCGGUUGGCCUAUAUGCUGGGUUCUUUGGUUCCGCAUUUACUUUCCUGUUGACAAUAUUACUAUUUUAGAUGAACUGCAAAAAAGAAAACACUGACACAGAACGUGAUUGAGACUAAGAUGUAAAUUCGAGUUAAUGAAGAUGAGAAAAAGAUGCUAAACCAUUCGGCAUGGCUUUCGCGUGACAGGCGUCUCAUGCUGCGCAGCGUUUGAGGCGUUUGAAGUGCAUGAGGAGAGGACACAUCUGUACAUAAUUAAUCAUAUCAUCAUGCUGUGUAUACACCAGUCUUCAUCAUAUUGGGUUUAAAAAUUGGUGUUUAAAUGGUUUUGUCUUGUACAUGAUUGGCGCUUUAAAAAAACGUCAGCGCUCUACCAGGAACCCGCUCCUAUGGCUAACGUGGACAUCAUUACAUCCUGCCCAGGGGGUUAUUAGAAGAAGCAUUAGCUUUCUACCACUGUUUUACAGAGGAAGCAUUUUGAAAAUUGUAUUUUUGUUACAUACUAAUAUAUCGUUAUCAUUACGUGAUUUACAUUUCAAAUAUUCAAUGAAUAUGACAAAUUUAUAUAUUUUGAUAAAGAAAUAAUCAAAGAAAACUAACAACGAAUAAAGAGUGAUAUUAAAAAUAUCUAUA